AUGACCACCAAAUACCACAAACCCGACACGACGUCGUCGGCGUACGGACCUAAUGCCGCCACCAGUGCAGCCCAGAGAGCCGCGGCAGCGUCUUCCACAGCCGCCACCCCGACACAGCAGUCCCCAGCAGUGUCCGCAGAAGUAGGCGACAUCUCCUCCAGACCCGUUUCAGGAGUCGAUUCGCUCUCACCCUCCAAGCCAGACGAAGUAGAGCCCCCCAAGGCCGUCGUCACGGAGCCCGAGCCCACCACAGACGUGACGCCUAUCCCAGAGGCUGUCGUAGUUCCUCCUUCUUCUGCAUCCCCCAACACCAGGCCUGUGGCCUCCAACACGGCAUCGCACUCAAAGGCAGCUGCCCAGGCGGCCCCUAAGCAGGCGCAGAAGACGUCGUCGGCCGCGACAAACGCCGCAGUCGCCGCUGCAUCGGGAUCCGGGUCGGCUCCCCACCAGCCGCCCAAACGCCCCGGACACCAGCCACAGAAACCGGCUGCAGCCGACGAAGGCUUCAUGUCCAAGCUGUGCUGUUGUUUCAGCUCUUCCGAGCCCGAGUACGACACGCAGACCCGACCUGCAACCGCUACUGGCGCUGGAGCUACUGCCUCCGCCUCAUCUUCCACAGCUUAUGAACCCAAGGUGAUGGCCAGACCGGCAGCCAAGGACGCUGCCAGUGAGCGAAAGGAUCAGCAGCAGCAGCAACAGCAACGGCAGCAACAGCAGCAACAACAUAAUGUCGACAGGCAUGCUACUGACAAUCAGGUCUCUCCUCAGGCGCACUCUCACGGCACAGGGGCCACUGGUGCUGUCGGUGCCGGUGCCGCCGUCGGUGCUGCUGGUGCCGCCGCUGUGGCCGCAACCACUGCACCUGCUGAGGCUGACACCCACGACGCCCACACAGCUAGCAACGCGGAACUUCAGGCCACACAAGUGGACAAGCUGGCAGACGACUCGUCUGCGUACGAGCUCAGCGACGUGAUUCCUGCCAGCCAGGCGUCCGAGUUCUCCUCGGACCCGCGCUACUUUGCCCCCUCUCAAGGAUGGCUCCUCAACCCCGUCAGCGACCAGCUAGCCGGACGCAAAUGCCUCGUGCUUGAUCUGGAUGAAACGCUCGUGCACUCGUCGUUCAAGUACAUCCACCAGGCGGACUUUGUCAUCCCCGUGGAGAUUGAGGGCCAGUAUCACAACGUUUAUGUGAUCAAGCGUCCCGGCGUGGACGAAUUCAUGAAGCGGGUGGGCGAGCUGUACGAGGUGGUCGUGUUCACGGCCUCUGUGAGCAAGUACGGCGAUCCUCUGUUGGACCAGCUGGACAUCCACAACGUGGUGCAUCACCGGCUGUUCCGAGAGUCGUGCUACAACCAUCAGGGUAACUACAUUAAGAACCUAUCGCAGCUCGGCCGGCCUCUUAAGGACGUGAUUAUUAUCGACAACUCGCCUGCAUCUUACAUUUUCCAUCCCCAGCAUGCCAUUCCUGUGAGCUCUUGGUUCUCAGACGCUCAUGACAACGAGCUCUUGGACAUGUUGGACUUUUUGGAGGAUAUGUCUAAGCCGAAGGUGGAGGAUGUGUCUCUUGUGUUGGACGUCAACAUGUAG